GAUUGUUUUUUUGCUUUGCAAAGUAAUUAUUUUACUAAACAACAUAAAAUGGCUUUAUGUUUCAGAGUUUUUAAGAAAACAAGUCCAAACGGCAAGAUUACUACAUACUUGGGCAAAAGGGAUUUUAUCGACCAUGGAAAUUUCGUUGAUUUAAUUGAUGGUAUGGUUUUAAUUGAUGAAGCUUAUAUUAACGAGAACAGAACGGUUACAGCUUAUCUAUUGGCUGCAUUUCGUUAUGGUCGUGAGGAUUUGGACGUACUGGGUUUAACUUUCAGAAAAGACUUGAUCUCACAAAUUUUCCAGGUUUAUCCAGUGGAUAAUUCACAUCUUCGGCCAUUGACGAGGUUACAAGAAAGACUGAAGAAAAAGCUAGGACCCAAUGCAUAUCCGUUUUGGUUUCAAAUUCCAGCCCAUUCUGCAUCAAGUGUUACUUUGCAGCCUGCACAAGGUGAUACAGGGAAGCCAUGUGGAGUUGAUUUUGAGUUGAAAACUAUCGUGGGAUGCGCUGAAGGUAGCAAUCUCGACAAACCAAGAAAACAUAGUAGUGUUCGUCUUGCUAUAAGGAAACUUACUUAUGCUCCAUACAAAAAUCGUCCUCAGCCAACUAUCGAAGUAACCAAGGAGUUUAUGAUGAGUCCGGGCUUGUUACACCUGGAAGCAUCACUCGACAAAGAGAUGUAUUAUCAUGGGGAAUUAGUGGCUGUCAAUGUACAUAUUCAGAACAAUAGUAAUAAGACAGUGAAGAAAAUUAAAGCUUGUGUUGCUCAGAUCGCGGAUAUAUGUCUUUUUACUACUGCCUCAUAUACGUGUGAGGUUGCAAAAAUUGAAUCAACUGAAGGCUUUCCUGUUGGUCCGGGUGCAACUUUAUCUAAAGUUUAUAUUCUAUCUCCAUUACUAUCAAACAAUAAAGAUAAACGAGGUCUUGCUCUGGAUGGACAGCUGAAACAUGAAGAUACUAAUUUGGCAUCUUCAACGCCCUUGACUCCAGACACAAAAAAGGACAGUCUUGGAAUUAUUGUGCAGUAUAAAGUAAAAGUACGUAUAAGUAUGAGUGGGCCCCUUGGAGGAGAAUUAACUGCCGAACUUCCCUUCACUUUGACGCAUCCAAAACCUCCAGAAGACUCUGUAUCGGGAUUUGAGCCACAAAAAAUGCAAUCUCCAAAAGAUGGACUUGAUAUUGAUCUUAUACAACUUGAGACGUAA